CAAAAUAUGCGAUGUGGCUUGCGGAGAUUUUUACGCUUUUUACUGUCCAGAAAACGACUUGAAUUGGCGAAAUUGUUUUGCAUGGCCUUUUGCACUGAUGUUUGUUGGUAAAUGAGACCUGUUAGCUGUACUCAUGUUCGACGCACGUGAAUCGAAGAGGGCUUUGACUGAACGAGCGUUGUGAUGACGCCACAUGACGCGUCUUGGCGCAAACCUGCAGAAAAUCUGUGGUAAUUCUGAAAAAUUGCAAGCUCCUCCAUAUAUUGCAGAGUUUUCUUGAUUUUGUGUUCAUUUCUGCGAAAUCCUGGAGGGACUGUGUUUUAUUAUUUUUUUUAUUUCUUUCUUUUAUUUUGUCUGAAAAGUGUUCUUUUACCUAAUAUGCUGCUUUCUUUACUGAAAUGCAAACAUUUGUUUCUGUAGCAUUUCAUUUUGUGCCGGAAAACAACGGUUUGCAUAACUAAAAUGCUUUUGUACUGAUUUGAUAAUGUAAAAACAAAGUUUGUACUGAAAAACAAACAAACAAACAAACCCAAGGGUGCCUAAAGCUUUUGCACAGUACUGUACAUAGCCUACUGCCAGUACUAGUCAUACUACUACUAGUAUUGACUAAAGAGUUAAUCGAUUUGUCUGGAAUCGAUUCUUUAAAAUGAUUCACUUUUAAAGAAACCGACUCACUUGCUACAGGUCUUAAAUAGAAGCUAGUGAUUCAUUUAUAUCUUUAAAUCCUCCCCCCCCCUUAUAAAGAAAGCACAACAUUAUUGAUAAAUCAAACGAAAUUAAAUUCAAAUGAUAUUUAUGGUCUUUCCUCGGGUGGUUAGAGCAGGGACCACGUGACCAAAAGUUUUGUCUCUCUCUCUCUCUCUCUCUCUCUCUCUCUGAGUGUGCACCCCCUCGCGGACCAGGCAGUUAACGAUGGAAAAUGGCGCCUAGAUGCGGCUUCCCAGCACACUCACAGUGAAGACAACACCACAGAAAAGUCCUGGAGGAAAAGCUGUGCAUGUUCCUGGACCGGUGAAGACCAUUCCGAGCUGAUAGUUUGUGAAUUUGAGUGAGAAUGUCGCGCUGGAUUCCUACCAAGAAGGAAAAGUACGGCGUCGCGAUUUAUAACUAUGAUGCUCGCGGUGAGGAGGAGCUUUCACUGCAGAUUGGAGACACAGUACAUAUACUGGAGACGUAUGAAGGCUGGUACAGAGGACACCGGCUGAGGAGGCGCUCAAAAAAGGGCAUAUUUCCUGCCUGUUACAUACACCUGAAAGAGGCCUCAGUUGAAGGCAGUGGACCAAAGGAGACGGUCAUUCCCACAGAGCUGCCUCUGGUGCAUGAGGUCACCACCACUCUGAGAGAAUGGGCGUCCAUCUGGAGGGACUUGUAUGUGGGUGACAAGCGUGAGAUGUUUAAUACCGUUCGUGACAUGAUCUAUGAUCUCAUCGAGUGGCGAUCACAGAUUCUGUCAGGAACUCUUCCACAGGACGAGCUCUCCGAACUCAAGCAGAAAGUCACCUCCAAGAUCGACUAUGGCAACAAGGUUUUGGAUCAGGAUCUGGUGGUGAGAGAUAAGGAUGGGAACAUUUUGGACCCAGACCUCACCAGCACCAUCAGCCUGUUCCGAGCACACGAGGCUGCAUCCAGACAGAUCGAUGAACGCCUCCAGGAGGAGAAGUCUCAGAGACAGAAUCUGGAUCGACAGGCCAAGUUUGCCUCCACGCCAUCCUUCGCUCUGUUUGUGACGCUAAAGAACGUGGUGUGUAAGAUCGGAGAGGAUGCCGAGGUGCUCAUGUCCCUCUACGACCCCAAUGAGUACAAGUUCAUCAGUGAGAACUACCUUGUCCGGUGGUCCAGCUCCGGUCUGGUCAAAGACAUCGAUCAGCUUCACAACCUGCGAGCCGUGCUCACUGAUCUGGGCAGUGAGGAUCUGAAACGGGAGAAAAUCAGUUUUGUCUGUCAGAUCGUCCGAGUUGGGCGAAUGGAACUGCGAGACAACAACACUAAAAAGUUGACGUCCGGGCUCCGAAGGCCCUUCGGAGUGGCAGUAAUGGAUGUCACCGAUAUCAUCACUGGCAAAAUGGAUGACGAAGACAAGCAGCACUUCAUUCCUUUUCAGCCGCUUGCGCUGGGUGACGCCAUCCGCCACAGGCAGCUGAACAUCUCCCGUUUUUCACCCAGGGUGGCAGGAGAGAACGACUUUCUCCAGAGCGUCAUCAACAAAGUCAUCAGCGCCAAAGAGGUCAAUCAUAAGGGCCAAGGGCUUUGGGUCACACUGAAGCUGUUACCCGGUGAUAUCCAUCAGAUCCGGAAGGAUUUCCCCCACCUGGUGGACCGCUCCACUGCCGUUGCCCGCAAAAUGGGCUUCCCUGAGAUCAUCAUGCCAGGUGACGUUCGUAAUGACAUUUAUGUGACGCUGACUCACGGGGACUUCGAUAAAGGCAGUAAAACCACGCCCAAGAAUGUGGAAGUCACCAUGUCUGUGUAUGAUGAGGAAGGCAAGAGACUGGAGAACGUGAUCUUCCCCGGUGCCGGAGAUGAUGGAAUUACAGAGUACAAGUCUGUGAUUUACUAUCAGGUCAAACAGCCGCGCUGGUUCGAGACCAUCAAGGUGGCUAUCCCUAUUGAGGAUGUUAACAGGAGUCAUCUGCGAUUCACUUUCAAACAUCGCUCUUCUCAAGACUACAAAGACAGGUCAGAGAAGAUCUUUGCCUUGUCUUUUGUGAAGCUGAUGAGAUAUGACGGCACUACACUCAGGGAUGGAGAACACGAUCUGAUCGUCUACAAGGCUGAGGCUAAGAAGCUGGAGGACUCCUCUCUCUAUCUGAGCCUGCCAGCCACCAAGCUCGAGCUAGAGGAGAAAGGCCACUUCCCCACGGGCAAGGGCUCACAGAGCCUGGGCAACUGUACCAUCAGCAAGGACUCCUUCCAGAUUGCCACUCUGGUGUGUUCCACCAAGCUCACGCAGAACGUGGAUCUGCUUGGUUUGCUGAAAUGGCGCUCGAACACCAACCUGCUCCAACAAAACCUGCGUCAGCUAAUGAAGGUGGACGGAGGAGAGGUGGUCAAGUUCUUGCAGGACACCCUGGAUGCUUUAUUCAACAUAAUGAUGGAAAACUCUGACAGUGACACGUUUGACACACUGGUGUUUGAUGCCUUGGUGUUUAUAAUUGGAUUGAUAGCAGACAGAAAGUUCCAGCAUUUUAACCCUGUUCUGGAGACGUACAUCUGGAAACACUUCAGUGCCACCCUGGCAUACACGAAACUGACAAAGGUUUUGAAGAACUACGUGGACCAUGCGGAGAAGUUGACAGACCAGCUUCUGAAGGCCAUGAAGGCUCUGGAGUACAUCUUUAAGUUCAUCGUGCGAUCUCGAGUCCUCUUCAACCAGCUGUAUGAGAAUAAAGGAGAAUCAGACUUCAUGGAGUCAGUGAGGAAUCUCUUCACCUCAUUCAGCAUCAUGAUGAACAGUGACGUUGAGAGCACCAGCAUGGUCAAGGGUGCAGCGUUGAAAUAUGUUCCUACCAUCGUCAAUGACGUCAAACUGGUCUUUGAUCCAAAAGAGCUCAGUAAACUGUUCAGCGAGUUCAUCCUGAAGGUGCCACCAGGUCGCUUGGUCAAGCAGAAGCUCUACUGCAUGAUCGACAUCGUCCACAGCGACCUCUUCACACAUCAUGACUGCAGAGAGAUCCUUCUGCCACUUAUGACUGAUCAGCUGAAGUUUCACUUGGAGCAGCAUGAGGAGCUGGAGGCCUGCUGCCAGCUGCUCAGCAACAUCCUGGAGGUGUUGUACAGGAGUGAUGUGGGUCCGACUCAAUGGCAUAUUCAGAUCAUUAUGGAGAAGUUGUUGAGGACCGUGAACAGGACCGUGAUCUCACUGGGACGCGACUCUCCUCUCAUUGGCAGUUUUGUGGCGAGUAUGACGGCCACACUCCGACAGAUGGACGACUAUCACUACGCUCACCUGAUCAACACCUUCGGCAAGAUGAGGACAGAUGUGGUGGACUUCUUAAUGGAAACAUUUAUCAUGUUCAAAGACCUCAUCGGGAAGAAUGUCUACCCCACUGACUGGGUCAUCAUGAACAUGAUGCAGAACAAAGUCUUCCUGCGAGCCAUCAAUCAAUACGCAGCCGUGCUGAGCAAGAAGUUCCUGGACCAGACCAACUUCGAGCUUCAGUUGUGGAAUAACUACUUCCACCUGGCCGUGGCCUUCCUUACCCAGGAGUCUCUGCAGCUGGAGAACUUCUCAAGUGACAAACGAGCGAAAAUCUUUCAGAAGUAUCAGGACAUGAGGCGCCAGAUUGGCUUUGAGAUCCGGGACAUGUGGUACAACCUGGGUCCACACAAGAUCAAGUUCAUCCCUGAGAUGGUGGGACCCAUAUUGGAGAUGACGCUUGUUCCAGAGAUUGAGCUGCGAAAAGCAACUAUCCCCAUCUUCUUCGACAUGAUGCAGUGCGAGUUCCACUUCACGCGCAGUUUCCAAAGGUUUGAAAACGAGAUCAUCACGAAGCUGGAUCACGAGGUGGAAGGAGGCCGCGGAGAUGAGCAGUACAAAAUUCUCUUCCAGAAGAUCCUCUUGGAGCACUGUAGGAAGCAUAAAUACCUGGCAAAGAACGGCGAGAACUUUGUGAGUCUGGUGGUGCGUCUGCUGGAGAGGUUGCUGGACUACAGGACUAUCAUGCACGAUGAGAGCAAAGAGAAUCGCAUGAGCUGUACAGUUAACGUGUUGAAUUUCUACAAGGAGAUUGAGAGGGAGGAGAUGUACAUCAGGUACCUGUAUAAAUUAUGUGACCUGCAUAAGGAGUGUGAUAACUACACUGAGGCUGCCUACACUCUAUUGCUGCACGCCAAACUUCUGAAGUGGUCAGAAGACGCGUGUGCAGCUCACCUGACUCAGAGAGAUGGAUAUCACGCGAGCACUCAAGGCCAGCUCAAGGACCAGCUUUACCAGGAGAUUAUCAACUACUUCGACAAGGGAAAGAUGUGGGAGGAGGCCAUCAUACUGGGGAAGGAGCUUGCCGAACAGUACGAGAACGAGAUGUUUGACUUUGAGCAGCUCAGUGCUUUACUGAGGAAGCAGGCACAGUUCUACGAGAAUAUAGUGAAGGUGAUCAGGCCCAAACCGGACUACUUUGCUGUGGGUUAUUAUGGCCUGGGUUUCCCUUCAUUCCUCAGGAAUAAGAUGUUUAUCUACCGGGGAAAAGAGUACGAGCGGCGGGAGGAUUUUGAGGCGAGGCUACUCACACAGUUCCCCAACGCUGAGAAGAUGAAGACCACCACUGCCCCCAACGAUGAGCUCCGCCUUUCCUCUGGCCAGUAUAUUCAGUGUUUCACAGUGAAGCCAUUACUCGAGCUUGCUCCCAAAUUCCAAAACAAGCCUGUGUGUGAGCAGAUAGUCAGUUUUUACACCAUCAAUGAGGUCAUGAAGUUCCAGUACUCCAGACCCAUCCGCAAAGGCGAGAAAGAUCCGGAUAACGAAUUUGCUAAUAUGUGGAUCGAAAGGACUACAUAUGUCACGGCCUACAAGCUCCCCGGGAUCCUGCGCUGGUUUGAAGUCAUCUCUGUGUCUGCAGAAGAGAUUAGCCCUCUGGAGAACGCCAUAGAGACCAUGCAACUGACCAAUGAGAAGAUCAACAACAUGGUCCAGCGCCAUCUCAGUGACCCCAACCUUCCCAUCAACCCCCUGUCCAUGCUGCUCAAUGGCAUUGUGGACCCCGCUGUCAUGGGUGGCUUUGCUAACUAUGAAAAGGCGUUUUUCACAGAGAAGUACAUCCAGGAACACCCCGAGGACAAGGAGAAGAUUGACAAGCUGAAGGACCUGAUCGCCUGGCAGAUCCCAUACUUGGCAGAAGGUGUGCGUAUUCACGGUGAGAAGGUGACCGAGGCCCUGCGACCAUUCCACGACCGUCUUGAGGCAUGCUUCAAACAGUUAAAAGAGAAGGUGGAGAAACAGUACGGUGUGAAAUCGCUGCCCCCAAUGGCGGAUGAGCGUCGUGGCACACGUCCGCGGUCGAUGGUGCGCUCCUUCACCAUGCCAUCAUCUCAGAGGCCGCUGUCUGUCGCGUCUGUCACCUCCUUAUCAUCAGACAACUCGCCAUCAAGACCAGGAUCUGAUGGUUUUGCUCUGGAGCCCCUCUUGCCGAAGAAGCAGCACUUUAAGUCUCAGGACAAGCUGGACCGGGAUGAACCCGAAAAAGACAGGAAGGAGAAGAAGAAAGAAAAAAGAAACAGCAAACACCAAGAGAUCUUUGACAAGGAGCUGAAGGCCACCGACAUUCCCAUGCAGCCCACUGAGGCGGUCAUCCUGUCCGAGACGAUCAGUCCACUGCGUCCCCAGAGGCCAAAGAGUCAAGUGCUAAACGUGUUGGGAGAUAAGAGGCUGUCUGUGUCCCCGGGACCUGCUGUUCCUCAGACUACUUCUACUCUUCCUCCUCCCAUCACUCCAAGGGUCAAGCUCACCUUCAGCAUGCUCUCCUCCUCCAAUCUAGAACUGAAUGGGAUGGGCUAUGGUGAGACUCCACCUCCUCUGCCGAUCAAAAGCGGUAUGGGUGAUUAUGGGAACCUGAUGGAAAACCCAGAGCUGGCCAGCCCAACCACACCCCCUCCUCAUCCUCUACAUCAGCGGCAUCUGCCCCCUCCACUGCCGAGUAAAACUCCACCCCCUCCUCCUCCAAAAGCCACAAGGAAGCAGACCUCCAUUGACUCGGGGAUUGUGCAGUGAGAAUGGCAGUAUAUCAGACAGAAACUUCGGCGCUUCCUCAGACGCCGGGCUUGGGUGAUUUUGAUUCAGCCUUACUGACAGUGUGAUAAAAGCAAGAGUUCAUAGCAACUCCCUCAUCAUCUUCACACUGAAAGAGUUGGCCUGUCCAGGGACUCUCUCCUUUUUUUUUUUUUCUUUCUUCGACUCACCAAUUAUUAGUCAAAGCCUCAGCCCAGGUGGUAGUGCCAGGUACAUUAUCUGAUCUGUUUCACACAUCUACAGGCCUUUUAAAUGAAAUCGUCUGGAGAGGCAUGAGGAUAAAAUGAACAAAUCAUGACUUGCCUGUCUGGCAACAGUAUGCAGGUUUUUUGCAGCAUUAGAAUAAUUGUAAGUUUAAUAGUCAGCUGAUUUUACUUAAGAUUUGUGGUCUUGCUUUUCUUCCCCCAUUCUGACUCUAUGAUCAAGAAAUGACCGACUAUUCCAAAGCUUAGGGAUCAUCACGUAAUCAGAAUAUGCUUUAUACAUUUACCACUCCUCUUUUUCAAUAUAUACACAUGUACAGAUGUUUGUAUAUAUGAUUUUUUUUUUUGUUUGUUUUUUUUCCUCUGGACGUGUAUUUUAUAAUGAUUGUAUUAAUAUUGGGGCAAAUUAACUAGCAAUUUAUUUUUUAUCCAAAAAGGGCUUUUUAGGAUUUUAAAUGACAGGGAUUGUAAAGUACUAUUAUUGAAUAUGUAUUUUUUUUCCUCUUCGUUUUGGAGUGUACACAUCUAACUCCCACUGUCAUACCUUUGUAUAGAAACUGUAAUGCUGUAACCUUGGAUUACAAUAACAAUGACUGUUCCAAAUUCACUACUGACUUAAAUAAACUCAUUGUAUGUAUUUUUAAACUUGGCUACUGAGGCUGUGCUGACCCAACAGCAUGGUUAAAAUUAAUCUAAGAUGUAUUUCUGGUGCCUUGUUCCUGAUUAAAGUGUUGUUGAUCACUGACCCUCACUUCCCUCUGAACAGGCAAUGGAAUUGCGCUUAGACCUUUCCUCGUUCGUUCUUAUACAUUCCCUCUGCAAGUUACUUCACAUUAAAGGGCAGUGGUGCAAUCACAGGCCUCUGUAAGUUGAUUAAGUCAGCUAGAUUUGCAGUCCCUUCCGAAACUGCUGGAACGGCAAGACCAAUUCAUAUGUUGUUUUUUGUUGUGUUUUUUUGUUGUUGUUGUUGGAGAAUGAAGACAUUUGGGUUUGAGAUCAAAUGAUGAAUAUGAGAAGAGAGUUUAGAAUUUCAGUUUUUCUUUCCUGGUAUUCAUAUGUAGAUGUGUUAAACGAUAUACAAAAUGUGCUAUGUUCUAUCAGACCACCCAAUUUGUAUGCGAGCACAAAUAUUGGAACGUUAACUGAGGUGUUUCUUGUUACCCAGGUGUGUCCUCUUAGAUUGACCGUUUAAAUAAUAAAUAGCUCUGAACAUCUCUUGGUUUUAGCCUUCAGUGGAAGUGGGAGGUUUUAGACUGGCCAAGUCAAUUCCCAGACCUCAACCCAAUUGAGCAGCAUUUCACCUCCUGAAGAGGAGACUGAAGGGCGAAAUCCCCUGAAACAAACAACAACUGAAAGAGGCUGAUAUAAGAGAAGAAACCAACAAUUUGAUGUCCGUGAGUUGCAGGCUUGAUUCAGUUAUUGCAAGCAAGGGGGGGAUAUGCAACCAAAUAUUAAGGCUUUGGGUGGGCUGAUACAAAAAGGUUUUAUGUUUUAACACAUCUAGAUGUAAAUACCAGGAAAUAAAAGCUGGGAAAAAAAACUCUUCUCAUAUCAAUAUUUUGAUCUCAAACCCAAAUGACUUUGCUGUAUAACACAAACAACUGAACUGGCCUUGCUGUUCCAAUAGUUUUGGAGUGGACUGUACUUGUAGUCGAGAACAGAUACAAGCCAAACAGUUACAUCACUUGGUCUUCUUUAGAUUGAUCUAAAGGAGGUAUAGGAAUUUGGAGGCAUGCAUUUGUUGAUUUAAGGGAUGCCUUAAAAUCAAUAGCCAAUUGCAACACGUGAACUAUAAGUCACACUCUAAAGUAGAUCAUACAUUUUACAAUAAAAGUAGUGAGUUUAAAACUA